AUGAAGUCUCUCGUCCUAUCCGCCGCUGCCGUCCUGGGUGCGGCCUCCGCCCUCCCAGCUCCUCAAUCUGACCCCAUCCGCAUCCUUCCAUCAUGGUGGAAAUUCGAUAUCAUCGCUCUCAGAGGCCCCGGCUGCCCCGACUUCAACACGACUGCAGUCUAUAGCACUCGUCCAACAUAUGGUUCGAACACGGUUGACGGUAGCGAGAUAUACUACUGGCAUUUCGCAUACCCACACAUGAAAGCAUCUGUCGGAAGAGACGCAAGUGAGACUAGUACCUGGUGUGAGACGACGUUGAAGUACAGCGAACUGAAGGAUCGGGAGGGGAAAGAGCUGAGCGGGGACUAUAGAUUGAAGUUGCAUAAGAAUGGAACAGAAGUUCUCGCUACAUAUGACCUCGAGGAAGGCGUGACGGCAAAGUGGAAAUUCACUUACUACCCAGAGGAUAUGGAUGAGGUUGUCGAUGAGAUCACCGUUAAUGGUCCAUAUAACACAUCUGCAUACGGAGAGAUUGUGCAAUCGCCUGUGCGGAAGAAUUCGGAGAGGUGGGCGCUACCGAAGUGCGGAGCGGGUACGAUUAAGUAUAAGACUCAGCUUAAGGUCACAGCUAAGAAGCAGGGCGCGAAGGGGACGGUAAGCAGCGAGGCUGUGGAGUAUAAGGGCGAAAAGGGCCUCUAUGGUGUACAGCAGGGUGUUAGUUAUGAUUGGGAGAAGUGUGCGAAAUAA